GUGACGGAACGACCGGGGCGGGGUAGGGGGGGGUAAGCGCGACCUCGCCCGCCCGGCCCGGCCUGGCCCGGCCCCCGCCCCUCGCUCUGCCACUCCGCCCCCACGGGGCGUCCCGGGCCGCUCGUCCCCUCAGUGGCAGCAGCGCGCGGCCCGGGGUCGCCCGAAACCAAGUAACAACAGCCCUUGGAGAGAGGCUGUUUCUUGACUUCUACAGUGACAAAGACCUGGAGGAAGCUAGUACUUCUGACUCACUCUGCCGACAUCCUACCACCCAGCCCAAGACAGCCUAGGCUGGACAUUAGUGCCUCCUCCUUUGUUCCUCUGUGAUCAUCCAGAUUAGCAUCUGACUUUAUUUUCAAGUCUCACAAACCCAGCCCCCAGAUUUUCAUAUUCUGGUUCUCAGCUGCUCUUAAAGGACAGUGACUUGUUAUCACCACAGCAGCCGAGCCUACCAUCCCCAGCAGAUCUCCAGUCAGCCUCUGACAUCACUCCCCUCCCUUGUCUCCCUUUUGACCUCCUAAAUGCCCAUCUCGUUGGCCUGGGUUCAGCUGGUGGUAUGGAGGGGUGCUGCCUAGCACUGACGGAGUGUGUGUGACCCAUUGACCCAAUGGACAUCAAAGGACAGUUUUGGAAUGAUGAUGAUUCGGAGGGAGAUAAUGAAUCAGAGGAAUUUCUCUAUGGAGUUCAGGGGAGCUGUGCAGCUGACCUAUAUCGACACCCACAGCUUGAUGCAGACAUUGAAGCUGUGAAGGAGGUCUACAGUGAGAACUCUGUAUCUGUCAGGUGGGAUUCCACUUCAGAGAUGGCAGUGGACAAGCCACUUCUUUCUGAGUACAGAGAUACUUUCUACCAGUCCCUCUCCUCUGGCCCUGGCUCAGUUCUUCCCUUCCUCAGUCUCUGUUCCCUUCUUUCUCCCUUAAUGAGUCUCACCUGUGAUUGCCUGUAUCUCUGUAGAGAAUAUGGAACCAUCGAUGACGUGGACAUUGACCUCCAUAUCAACAUUAGCUUCCUUGAUGAGGAAGUUUCUACAGCUUGGAAGGUCCUCCGGACAGAACCUAUUGUGUUGAGGCUGCGAUUUUCUCUUUCUCAGUACCUUGAUGGACCAGAACCAUCAAUUGAAGUUUUCCAGCCAUCAAAUAAGGAAGGAUUUGGCCUGGGUCUUCAGUUGAAAAAGAUCCUGGGUAUGUUCACAUCCCAACAAUGGAAACAUCUCAGCAACGAUUUCUUGAAGACCCAGCAGGAGAAGAGGCACAGUUGGUUCAAGGCAUCUGGUACCAUCAAGAAGUUCCGAGCUGGCCUCAGCAUCUUGUCACCCAUCCCCAAGUCUCCCAGUUUCCCUAUUAUACAGGACUCCAUGCUGAAAGGCAAACUUGCUGUACCAGAGCUUCGGGUUGGGCGCCUCAUGAACCGUUCCAUCUCCUGUACCAUGAAGAACCCCAAAGUGGAAGUGUUUGGCUACUCUCCCAGCCCCCAGGCAGGUCUCCUGUGCCCCCAGCACUUGGGCUUCCCUCCCCCAGCACGGACCUCUCCUUUGGUCAGUGGUCACUGCAAGAACAUCCCCACUCUGGAAUAUGGAUUCCUUGUCCAGAUCAUGAAGUAUGCAGAGCAGAGAAUUCCAACAUUGAAUGAGUAUUGUGUGGUGUGUGAUGAGCAGCAUGUCUUCCAGAAUGGGUCCAUGCUCAAGCCAGCCGUCUGUACUCGUGAACUGUGUGUUUUCUCCUUCUACACACUGGGAGUCAUGUCUGGAGCUGCAGAGGAGGUGGCCACUGGAGCAGAGGUGGUGGAUCUGCUGGUGGCCAUGUGUAGGGCAGCUUUGGAGUCCCCUAGAAAAAGCAUCAUCUUUGAGCCUUAUCCCUCUGUUGUGGACCCUACUGAUCCCAAAACUUUGGCCUUUAACCCUAAGAAGAAGAAUUAUGAACGACUUCAGAAAGCUCUGGAUAGUGUGAUGUCCAUCCGGGAGAUGACCCAGGGAUCAUACCUAGAAAUCAAGAAGCAGAUGGACAAGCUGGAUCCCCUGGCCCAUCCUCUCCUGCAAUGGAUCAUCUCUAGUAACAGGUCACACAUUGUCAAACUACCUCUCAGCAGGCAGCUGAAGUUCAUGCACACCUCACAUCAGUUCCUCCUGCUGAGCAGCCCUCCUGCCAAGGAGGCACGGUUCCGGACUGCCAAGAAGCUCUAUGGCAGCACUUUUGCCUUCCAUGGGUCCCACAUUGAGAACUGGCAUUCAAUCCUGCGCAAUGGGCUGGUGAAUGCAUCCUACACCAAACUGCAGCUGCAUGGAGCAGCCUAUGGCAAAGGCAUCUACCUGAGCCCCAUCUCCAGUAUUUCCUUUGGAUACUCAGGAAUGGGAAAAGGACAGCACAGGAUGCCUUCCAAGGAUGAACUGGUCCAGAGAUAUAACAGGAUGAAUACUAUUCCCCAGACCCGUUCCAUUCAGUCAAGGUUCCUGCAGAGUCGGAAUCUAAACUGUAUAGCACUUUGUGAAGUCAUUACAUCUAAAGACCUCCAGAAGCAUGGGAACAUCUGGGUGUGCCCUGUGUCCGACCAUGUCUGCACACGGUUCUUCUUUGUAUAUGAGGAUGGUCAGGUGGGCGAUGCCAACAUUAAUACUCAGGACCCCAAGAUACAGAAGGAAAUCAUGCGUGUGAUCGGAACUCAGGUUUAUACAAACUGAGGGGGCCCAGCCCUCGUACCACCCCUGGUCCCCCAGGAUCCAUCUGCCCUUAUUGAAGGGCUCAGGAGCAGCUAGUGAGACUGCCCUGAGGAACCAAGGAGCAGGCAAAGGAUAGAAGCGGCCGCCUUCAUAGUGGAGAUUGACCUAGGAACCACUCCACAUUUGGAUGGCCCAGACUGACCCCCUAUUCCUGAUAUUCCCAGUUGAUUUCACCCUGUUUGUAAAUAAAACAAUAAAAUGAAAGGUGCUGUGGA